ACAGUUCGAGUUUCCUCCUAAUACUGUCCUAGUGAGUGCUGUGUAUGCAGUAUCACUCUCAAAGCCUCUCCUCAAACGACUCAAGUUAGAGAUACAGCACUGCAUUGAUUUAACAGGACGACCAGAUCUUGCACAAUACUUAAAGUUUGCUAUAGCUCCCGUGAGCACACCCAGUCUUCCUUACCGAUUCUCAACAGUCGGGGGAGGAGAGUUUAUGUCUAAUAGUGGAUAUGGAUCCAUUCAGCGUAAUAAGUUUUGUUUGGUUUGUAUACUGGGGGAAGAAUGGACUAAUGGAGACACAGAGGAAGGAGCUGAGGAACAGCAACCACAACAAGAGGAGAAUGAGGAGGAGGAGGAGGGAGAAGGAGAGGGUAGUGACAGUGAUGAUGAUGAUACCAGCAGUACUCCACCAGGGGCUAGUGGAGCAUGUAAAGAGUCUAUUACUAAAGAGACAAACCUUCCAACCAAUACAGUGUCUGUUGCUGGUCCUGCUACUACACCAAACACUGAUCAUGUUAACAAAGUGCAGUCCACUGGUGUAAGGAAGGCUGUAACAUAUGCUGGUCUGGUUUAUUAUGAAGAAGAUGGUGUAGAGGAUUUGGUGACAUUCACUGCUGCUAGGAAUUUGGAAGCACUCAUUCAUUAUAUUGAGCGGAAACACUCUGAAGCUAAGAUUGGACCAGAUAUUUCCUUUAGUUUCAAGCUUCCUUAUGAUUACAUUGAAUUAAACUUUACUGCACCUCAAAAGAAACCUUUCACUGGAUGGACACUUACUCCUCACACUGAUCCUUGCAGAUUGUAUCAAGAGGCUGUUGAUAAAUUUGGUGAUAAACAGCAUUCUCGUCCUUCACGUUGUCUCAUAUCAGUUUACGGAUCACCUGAUGCUGUCCCUUUUCUUAAUUACUUCAUACCACUGGAAGGUGUGGCUCAUCCAGUUUCAUUAAACAUUCAUAGAGCACGGAGAAAUUACACUGUUCCUGUUCCUUCUUCAACAAAUCCUACCUCCUCCUCCUCUAAUGUAGUACAUAAAUCAAUGCCAGUAUCAUCUAUUGGAGGAGCUAAUCAUCCUCCUAGCAGUAGUGGCAAUGACAAAACUAUUGUAGUACAAACUAAAAGAAGAGAAGGAGGUUUUGAUAUUAAAACAGCUAAACAAAAGAUCAAACAAGUUAUGAUUGAGAAUCACACUGAUUUUGCUGGACUCCUCCAGUUUUCUCUGGUCCAUGUUGCUAACAAACUGUUUGAGGUUCAUAUAAUUCCCCAGGAAGUUCAGAAAUCACCAACUUAUGAUGCCAUAUCCACCUGUUUUCUAUCUAUGAUAAAUCUAUUGGACUCUAAGUCUGACCUAGAGAAGCAUUGUGUGAAGUAUCUAGAGGCUCUGUCUAGUGUUGGGGGACCAAUAGAAUUUGCUGCUAAUCUCUUGAGGGAAAAAUGGACAACAGCUCUGGAGGGUGCACUUCAGUUUGAACGGUCUGUGAAAAGAGUUAGAACUAAUGAUUUUGAACUUGAUGACUUUAAUUUUUAGCUGAUAUUAUUUUCUAUUUUAAAAUCUUGUAUUUAUGUGAUGUUCCACUUUUUUGGUUCUUUCCUUUCACUCCAA